ACCACAAUUAGUACACUAACUAUUCAGAACUAGACAUUAGGACAUCACACAAGUACCGGAGGUCAUGACAACGGUUCCACACAUAUAAUCAAUGCUGCGAAGCGGUACCAGGGUUGUUGAGCUGCAAGAUUGUCUUAAGGAUGAUAUUGCUCUCUUCCUGUUGCUUCUUCUUUAGCUCCUCAUACUGUCGUUGAGUUCUCACCAGCGCUUCCUUUGUUGCGUCACUACUCUUCUUUAAUUCUUUAACUUCUCCAUGGAGAACAGCUACGCCAAGCACAAAGACAAGCGUGAGCACACCUCCAACAAGCACAAGUCCGGGAAGCUGGACAAGGAUGCUCUCAAGAAGGCCAAGAUUCGAGCACUCGCUUUCCUUCCUUCUCUUAGCGACAUAGAUGUCGACUCCAAUGAUCAUGAAUCAUCCUUGAGCGACGACGAGUGCGAUAAGAAGAUCACGGAGCCGCUGAAUGGACUGUGCUACGUUGUCAACUCUACCCAUAGAGGCUUCUGCACCAUGGCACUUGGUGAUGAGGAGAUCGGCAAGGGCAAAUCUCCCGACGACGAGUGUGCCUCUCAGGUUGGGAGUGCUCAUCCAGUGCAAGUUGAUGUACUACGUCAGGCUGGUCUGCAAGUUGAUGUCGUCCUUCCUCCAAACUUUGAAAGCGACGUGAGCUUGUGCAUUGAUGGUGUUGCCACCUUCCUCCAAACUUUGAAAGCGACGUGAGCUUGUGUAUUGAUGGUGCUGCCACCAAGCCAGUGAAAUUUGGUGUGCUUGGUAGAACCGUUCUCAAGGGAGGACACAACAUUUAAUGAAUGUGCACUAUUGCAUAGGUAUCCAUUUUCUCACCCUUCUGUUCAUCUCUCUGUAACUUUCCUUGACGUCUAGUGCGUUGCCUGGCUAUAAAAGCAUGGGGCUGCCUUCUUUUCAUCGCACCCCUCCC